AUGUCUGCUGAACAGUCCCACAAAGUUCAUUUCCAUUGUCAAGCUAAUGUAAGACCAAUUGAGCCAAGGCAAUCUAGCUCCCAUGUGAAGCAGUCCAAAAAUCUGGAGGAGACACUAGUACAACUGCAUGAGUUGCAAAAGCCAACCCCUCCACCAAUUGUCUCAAGUGGAAGGGUGGAUAUGGCAGGGUCGAACAUGGAUAUCACAGCCAAUUCAUGUGAAAGCUUGGUGGAUCAGUUCCUGCAGGAAAGGGAGCCAACUGCUCUGGCAGAGGGCAGAAUUGCAGCCAUAAUAGAUCCACACAACAACUUGAUGAAUCGGUUCCUGAAUGAACAGGAACCAACUGCUCCCCCAGCAGAUGGUAUGAACAUGGAUCUACUCAAGCAAUUGCUGAAUGUGUGGGAACCAUCGGCACUGCCAGUCAUGCACAAGAAAUUAAACAGGAUGGAUGGGUCUUCAACACCUACACAAGACAUUACUAUGCAGGAUAUGAGGGAACCAAUGCCUCCCCCACUUGUUUCAAAUGUACCUGUCAAAUCUUUUGACUUGGCAGCAGAUGAGGACAAUGGUGCAAACCAUUUGACUUUUGGCAUGCCUGAACAAUCAGAGAUGAGGGAUCUUUUUGAGGAAAUAUGCAAUGGUGAACUUCCAUCCACACAGCAAUCUCUUCAAAUGGAACAAUGGGGAUUGGCACCUGUUCCACAUUGCAAUCAAGUAUCUCACUAUCAUGGAAACACCACUCCCAGUGACAUGCUGUUUGAUCCCACCCUCAAUAGGCACCUUGUGCAGGCUGUGAAUGCCAUUGCAAGAGAAUUGGGCACAGCUGCAAGGGACCAGUAUGUUGUUCAUUAUCCACAUUCUGCCUUUGAAAAUUGUCCCAAGCCAUUCAUCACCAACCAAUCACGCCCAUCUUGCCAGUCUGUGGUAGAGAUGGGUAUCCUCUACUUGGUGUGCUGGAUCAAGGUGGCCUCUGUACAUCUGAAGCAGACUGCCAAUAUUGUGGGAUGGCCUGUGCAUUGGUUUGCAAACCUAGCAAUGGACUUGAAUCAGCUUAAUAGCUUGAUUCUGGUGAUGGUGUUGCAUGCCAGUUAUACUCCUCCCCUCCUGGCAUGCUACCAUGUGUACCUCAGACACCAAGAUGAUGAGCUAAUUCCCCUUAGUGCAUUUAGCAUAAUUGACAAUAUCAACGCCAUUGUCUCACAUUGGACCCCACAUGCAGCUGAUCCCAAUUCUGGCUUUGCAUUCCCUUGGUGGCUAUAUCAUUCCAAGGAAUAUGCAGUGGAUUCCCAAAGAUUGCAAGGCAAGGGAUUGUUUUCCAUGGCCUGGGAUUUUUUUAAGUUGAUGAUGGCCCAGGGCUUAUGGCCAUUGCCUGAGGUGCCAAUUGCAGACUGUCUCGAUGGCCAUAUCAAGGAGCAGGUAAACUACUGCAUCGAAAAUAUUCAGAAAUAUGCUGAUGUUGUCAAUGGUUGGGGUUGA